AAACCACCCACUCGUCCUCCGUUUGUUUCCGCGUUUUCCCUCGUCUUCUUCAGAUCUCUUUCUCUCUCUCGAUCUUUGGCGCGCUCCGUUUUCAACUUUAGUCAGUUAAUUUUUAAAUCAGUGUGAUGGGGACUGUCGUUGAUGCUGCUCCAAUCAAGGCAACUAAUGGAAGCUUAGCUGAGAAGAAGAAGCCUACAGUUGUCUUUGUUUUGGGUGGGCCAGGUAGUGGCAAGGGUACUCAAUGUUCAAAUAUCAUUGAAAACUUUGGGUAUACUCAUCUUAGUGCUGGUGAUCUUCUUCGGGCAGAGAUCAAAUCUGGUUCAGAGAAUGGGACAAUGAUUCAAAACAUGAUUAAAGAAGGGAAGAUUGUUCCUUCAGAGGUCACAAUAAAGCUCCUUCAACGAGCAAUGGAGGAAAGUCAUAAUGACAAAUUUCUCAUUGAUGGAUUCCCUCGUAAUGAGGAAAAUCGUGCUGCAUUUGAAGCUGUUACAGGCAUUGAACCAUCUGUUGUUCUGUUCUUUGAUUGUCAUGAGAAAGAGAUGGAGAGGCGCCUGCUGAGUAGGAAUGAGGGAAGAGUGGAUGACAACAUUGAAACAAUUAGGAAGCGGUUUAGGGUUUUCUUGGAGUCGAGCAUUCCUGUGAUUGAGUACUAUGAAUCCAAAGGAAAAGUUCGGAAGAUUGAUGCAGCGAGGCCUAUUGAGGAGGUUUUUGAAUCGGUUAAAGUUGUUUUUACUCCAAAAAAUGAAAAGGCUAACUGAAGAUCAACUACCCAGUAGUUUUGCAUUAAUAUCUGCUUUAAGGUAUUGAUUUUGGUGGCUGUGUCAGAGUUGGAUGUUUAGGUUCUAUUCUAUACAAGGAGUUAACCAUAUAUUCUUAUUAUUGUUACCGUACUUUGUUACUAAGAUUUGUAAUAAUAGUAAGUAGCAGGUUUCUUUGCAUCUUACAAAAAAGAAAAAAGAAAAAAAAAAAAGGUCUAUGUCUCUAUAUUCGUAUUGAGAUUGUAUCCAUUGAUUUAAAUAAUAAAGGCAAGCCUUGGUUCUCUACUA